AUGUCUCCACCAUCAGGUCAAAUCGAAUCAAGAACACUUAGAGUUAAUACUCCAGCGAAACGUGGACGAAAACCUUAUACCACACCAGACGUUAUCGAUGUAACUGGAAGAACUCAUUUUAUGGUUGUUCGAAGAUUACAAACAAAUAAAAAACCCAAGAAAAAGAUAAAUAACAAUGAAUGUAAAAAUUGUGAGCAAAGUGAUGAAUAUGUGGACAUACUCGAAGAGAGAGUAAAUAAGUUAGAAGGCUUACUCAAUACUUUAAAUGAUAAAGUCAUAAAUGUAAGGGCUGUGCCAAAAAAUCCAAUCAUUAAUUCCAGCGAAUUAAAUAGUUAUUCAAGUUUAGACAUAAGUUCUCUUCUUCGUCUUUCUGAUACUGUGGGGCAGGUCUUAUAUAAUAAUACUCAACAAGUUUCGCCCACAACUACAGUAGAAACAGAAUUCAAUAUAAACGAGAAUAUAAUGACAGAACUUUGGGACCCGAGUAUAGACGGACAAAAUAUGUUUUAA